AUGUAUAGUACAAUCAUUGAUAGUAUGUGCAAAGGUAAAUUUGUUAACGAUGCUUUUGAUUUAUAUUUUGAAAUGUUUGCUAAGAGAAUCUCUCCUGAUGUUUUUACUUAUAAUGCAUUAAUAUAUGGCUUUUGCAUUGUGGGUCAAUUGAAAGAUGCAAUUGGUUUGUUCGAUAAAAUGAUAUUGGAAAACAUGAACCCUAAUGUGUGUACCUUAAAUAUUUUGGUUGAUGGUUUUUGUAAGAAAGGAAAGGUGAAAGAAGCUAAAAAUGUUAUAUCUGUGAUGAUGAAAAAAAGCAUCAAACCUAAUGAUUUUACUUUUAACUCUUUAAUGGAUGGAUAUUGUUUGGUAAGUGAUGUAUGCAAGGCCAAUGAUAUAUUCAACAGUAUGGUCCAAAUGUGA